AUGGCGUCGGGCUGUCGCCACCGGAAGCCCCCUGGCGCAGACUUUCUGAGGGACCCGCUCCGUGACUUCGAGAGCUGGCGUUUCCUCAGAAAGCGGCUCCUUCCGGGUCCGAUAAAUUGCCAGGAGUGGAAUCACAGGUCUGCUACAAAUUCUGAGACUCAAAAGUCAACCAUCUCCAGAGAGGCCAGCACCCAGUCCUCAUCAUCUACGACCAGCCAAGGCUAUGUUUUACCUGAAGGCAAAAUCAUGCCAAACACAGUUUUUGUUGGUGGAAUUGAUGUUAGGAUGGAUGAAACUGAAAUUAGAAGUUUCUUUGCUAGAUAUGGUUCAGUAAAAGAAGUGAAGAUAAUCACGGAUCGAACUGGUGUAUCCAAAGGCUAUGGAUUUGUUUCAUUUUAUAAUGAUGUGGAUGUGCAGAAGAUAGUAGAAUCACAGAUAAAUUUCCAUGGUAAAAAGCUGAAACUGGGCCCUGCAAUCAGGAAGCAAAAUUUAUGUGCUUAUCAUAUGCAGCCACGUCCUUUGGUUUUUAAUCCUCCUCCUCCACCACAGUUUCAGAGUGUCUGGAGUAAUCCAAAUGCUGAAACUUACGUGCAGCCUUCAACCAUGCUGAAUCCUAUAACUCAGUAUGUUCAGGCAUAUCCUCCUUAUCCAACUUCACCAGUUCAGGUCAUCACCGGAUAUCAGCUGCCUGUUUAUAAUUAUCAGAUGCCACCACAAUGGUCUACUGGGGAACAAAGGAGUUAUGUUAUACCUCCGGUUUAUGCAGCUGUUAACUACCACUGUAAUGAAGUUGAUUCAGGAGCUGAAAUUUUGACAAGUGAAUGCUCGGUUCAUGAAGCUACUACUCCAUCCUCUGGAAAUGGCCCACAAAAGAAAUCUGUGGAUCGAAGCAUACAGACGGUGGUAUCUUGUCUGUUUAAUCCAGAGAACAGACUGAGAAACUCUGUUGUUACUCAAGAUGACUACUUCAAGGAUAAAAGAGUGCAUCAUUUUAGAAGAAGUCGGGCAGUGCUUAAAUCUGUUUGA